UCCCCGGAACUUGCAGUCACUCCUGGGUGUCCACUAGGGUUUUCUGCUCGCAUCUGGAUCCCAGUACGACUACCAUACAGUCCAGCGUCCUGUCCUACAGAAGCCACGGCCUCUGAAAGUUUGGAAAGAAAGCAAGAAAAGAAAAGAAGAAAGAAGAACAAUCACCUUUUUGGGGCAACUUUUUCCACCGUCUGCUCUCCUCCCGUGUUUUUAACACUUUCGUCGAAGCUGUAAAGCAGCAGCAGUGUGAUUCUGAGAUUCUUGCCCUGCAGUUAAAUAACUUUUUUUUUACAUGUUUUAAAACUGUUGUUUUGUCGCCAUUCCGCGGUUUUUUCGAUUGAGUCUGGAACUCGACAUUCAUCACACAUAUCCGUGCUCAUAAGCGGCGACGUUUAAGUCAUUUUUUAAGGUUAUUUUCGGUGGUUUUUUUUGUCCUCCGUCAAAGUUGUUUGAGAGGUGGCCUCGGAGCUGCUGUGAAUGAAGUAUCUGUUGAGCUGAAGAAAUCAGCGCGUCUCCAUGAGGAAACUCGGCGUGGGAGUCGCUGAAACCUCGUCCUAGAUUACACACACCUGAGCGACCAAAUAUACUUUUGAUAUAUAUUUUUUUUGUGCCGAUAUCUUUUGUAGUUUUUAACUGACACAAUAUGAAGACGCUGUCGGUGUUGUGUGUCGUUUCCACGCUGGUUGUGUUGUCUGUGUCGAUGACUGCGGAGCAAAAGUUGAAAAACUGCAACGAAGUUCGUGCUGCUUACAGCUCCAAAGGCUUCAACGUUAACGACGUUCCCAACAAAGGAGUCAACGGAGCCCCCCUGAAAGUGUGUCCGCAGGGUUUCUCCUGCUGCACGGUAGAGAUGGAGGAGCAGCUGAGCCAGCAGAGCCACACGGAGAUCAAAGCUCCCGUCUCCAGGCUUAGCACCAACUUACAAUCCACCUUCAGACAGAGGCACGACCACUUUGACAAGUUUUUCCGUGAGCUUUUAAAAAAUGCUGAGGUCUCGCUGCACAACAUGUUCGUGCGAACCUACGGCAUGAUGUACGUGCAGAACUCCGAACUGUUCAAGAACUUCUUCGAGGCCCUGACUCGGUACUACGUGUCCGGCAGCGCUGCUGUCAACCUGGACUCCAUGCUGUCGGACUUCUGGGCCGACCUCCUGGAGAGGAUGUUCCGGUUGGUCAACGUGCAGUACGAGUUCAACGACGCCUACAUGGAGUGUGUCAGCCAGCACACGGAGCAGCUCCAGCCCUUCGGCGAUGUGCCUCGCAAGCUCCGCAUCCAGCUGACGCGGGCCUUUGUCGCCGCACGCACCUUCGUACGCGGCCUGACGCUCAUGCCAGAAGUGGUCAAUAAAGUUUCUAUGGUCAGCGCGUCUCCCAGCUGUGUGCGGGCCUCCAUGAAGAUGUUGUACUGUCCCUACUGCUCGGGCCAAGUGGCCCUGAAGCCCUGCCAGAAUUACUGUCUGAAUGUGUUGCGUGGCUGUUUGGCCAACCAGGCCGACUUGGACGCUGAAUGGAACAACUUCCUCGAUGCCAUGCUUAGUCUAGCAGAGAGGCUUGAAGGACCCUUUAAUUUUGAGUCCGUCAUGGAUCCCAUCGACGUGAAGAUUUCCGAGGCCAUCAUGAACAUGCAGGAGAACAGCAUGCAAGUGUCACAGAAAGUUUUCCAAGGAUGUGGGCAGCCUAAACUAAGCAAGACCUUCCGUUCCAAACGCUCUAUCAAAGACACAGGCUUCAACGGCCGCUUCCGCCCUUACAGUCCUGAUGCAAGGCCAACUACCGCUGCCGGGACAAGUUUAGAUCGAUUGACAACUGAUGUGAAGAAGAAGCUGAAACACGCAAAGAAGUUCUGGUCUACGUUGCCAGAGACCGUGUGUGCAGGUGAGAGGAUUGCACCUGGGGACGAGUGCUGGAAUGGAACAGCAAAAAGCAGGUACGAGUCGGUUGUCAUUGGCAAUGGACUGGCCAAUCAGGUAUCAAACCCUGAUGUGGACGUGGACGUAACAAAGCCAGACAUUGUUAUUCGCAGUCAGAUCGCCGUUUUGAAGGAAAUGACAAGCUGGCUCAAAGCUGCACACAGCGGCAAUGACAUCUCGAUUGAGAGCGUUGAGGAUGUUGACGUUGGCAGUGGAGGAGAGGAGAGCGGCAGCGGUUGUGACUCUCCGUCCUGCAACACAGACCGGGACAUGUACUUCUCCACUACACGGAGCCCUGUCAGACCCCGGAUUAAUUCAGUGGGCUUGCCCACAGCUGGGGGGGUCGCCUCACAGAGAAGCAUGGCGCUGGUGGUCUGCGGGCUGGCCCUGGCCCUGCUGGCUCCCCACUUGAGAUAAAACUGGCUGGGCAGGAUGAGGAAGAAAAUGACCAGAAUUGGUGGAGCGAGGGAGAAAACUGUCAGAGACUUUUAAAAAGACUGCCUUCAGGACCUUGGACUGUCCGCCAUAGGGGGGAAGACUCUUCUUAAUAUUACAAUAACUUCACUUUUAAUUAUUUGUUUGUAUGUUUUGAGGACAUCAGUGUACAGGAAUAGGAUUUUCUUCCCAAGAAAUCCACCUUGUUUCCCCAGAUAUACCUUUACUCAUUAUGGCUCUUUUGGAGCUGCACUAUGGCUCUGCUCGCAACAUUACAAACACCAUAGAAUUGUCUUAUUUUGGCAAUUUAAUCUCACAAUACGUGUUGUGCCUUUUCAAUGAUUGCCAUCUGAUGUUGAAACAGUAAGCCAGAUGUUUGGUUGAACAUUUAGUGCCUGUGGUGGGACGUAUCUUCAUAUUUCUGAGAAUGUCCUUUCUUUCCAUAAUUCAGAGAUCUGCAAAUCAUGUGUUAACGUUAACAACUCAUAGCAAUCCUUUGAAUGUGCACACUGUGAAUGUUUAUGUCCGUCUACAUUGACACACAUCAGCCAGUCAGAAAUUAUGAAGAUAGCUGCUGAUCUCAACCGAGGAACCGCUUGUGCGCUUUGCUCCAGAGAGAUGUUAAAAAACAGUUUUCUCAUUUCUCAGAAAUACAGUGAGAGAAGUUACAGCACAGGUAUUUGUGUUUGACCUGGAGAUAGAAUCAUUCUUUAGAAGAGCUUUUGGGGUGCCCUGCGAGCCCAAACAUGCAUCAUUGUAUGUCUUCUGUGAGCAUUAUCACAACCUAACUUUUAAUUUACCUUCAUUUUUUUUUUUUUUUUUUAUUAAUUUAAUUUCCUCAGCUUAAACAGUUCAAAAGAAAGGUCAUACCUAACGCAUGCUCUCAUUGUCAAUGCAAUCUAGUGAUGAGUUGAAAGUGUCUGAUAGAGUUGAGAUAUGGUGGCUGGCAUCCUGGUGAAAGGUAACGGGUGUGGAAGGAGAAGGACUCCCCUGGCAUCGACCCUGAAGAAGGCAAAGCUGACACGUCCUCAGAGCCCUCGUUGGUACUGUAGGCUCAGUUCGACACCGAGGGGCCGACUACACAGUCUUACCUGUUUGAAAAAACAAAGUGACGGCGUGUACGAUCCGAGCCUUUCACAUCAAACUAGAGAAGAGGAACAAAAGACAAAGUGCUUUGAUCAAAUUGAAAUCAAGAGAAGAUUAUUUUAAUACAGGGUUUUAUGUUGAAGAGGUGUUGUAAUUUUUAGCUAUUUUUGGUAUGAAGAUAUAUAUUAGGUACUACAGUGGAUUUUACUGCUAGUUUUAGGUGGUGGAAGAGGACAAUGUGCACAGAUAUUGGGGGCACUUUUGGUCAGUGUGCAGAGUUUUUGUUUUGUUUUUUAAAGUAAUUUUUGGUGCUUGUUUUUGUUCAAACGCGUGCCCCGUCCCACAAUGCAAUACACUGGUGCCUCUAAAGCGGCCUAUGUCAGUGUUGUAGUGGACCCUGAACCCUUUCAUCUACCUAGUCUCAUCAUUUCAACUUGAGGGGGAAUGUCCUAUUGUCACAAGUGCUACCAAAAUGAAUGCAAUGUAUAGUGCCUGAUCUCUUUAAUUCUUUUUAACCUUGGUACAUUAUUAGCAACUUCUUGAGGUAAAAGCAAGAAUGUAGAUGUUGAUGAUUUGUAUCUCUUAUCUGCUCAGAUUAUUGAUUAUAUUGUUACCAGCUGACAAGCACAACAUUAGAAUAUCUGUAUCUUCUGAUUUGAUAAUCGCGUCUGUUAGUUGCAUUACCUGGCCAUUUCAUCUCUAAAAUGAUGCUGCCUCAUGUAGCGUUUGUACAGUAACUUAUGCAUGUCUUUUAAUGUCAUUGCAACAUGCUUUUAGAUCUGACAUAGAUGAUCCGAAAUACAGUAUUCAGAAUCCAGUAUUGGAUAUGCAAAAACGUAGGGGAUUAUAAUUAAUUUUCUCAAGGUUAUUGAUUUUAAUUGAUAAGAUUUAGGGGCUUUGAGUUUGCAUUUUGUUAAAAAACAAACAAAAAAAUCGGAAAAUUGAUUUAGUAUGUUUUCACAUUUGUCUGCGAGUCUGAAACAACUGGCUGCAGUUAAGAUGGAUGGUAAAUACCGGACAGGGCCUUCGGGCCUCUCGUUUGGCUUUGAGACUGACAGAUUGAUUGUAAGCUUACAUCAAAUGUUCUUCAAAAAACACAAGACUACGAACAAAUCAUAGAGGACAUCGAUAUUAGGAAUCUGACUUUGAAGGUUUUGAUGAAAAAAAGCUAAGCAACCCACGUGAAAUACUGAAGCCUUAAUUUAAGAUAGCGAUGCUGGUUUGGCAUUACCUCUGCAUGUGGCCAGUUCAGUUCAGCGUUCCUGAUUUUGUGUGUUCCACCAACAUUUCUACCAGGGCUUGUGCACGUGUUUGUGUCAUGUGGAAGAGUGGAGUCGAGUGGGAAGAAACCCAAGCUUUCAGCUUUUGGGUGAUGAUGGUAAAAUGUCUGUGCUUGCGGGCCAGGGCAGCAACAUUUUCCGGCUGGCGGGAGGUGGUCCAGCUGCUGGAUGUUGUUCAUUUGAUCCACAGAGCAACUUCAGUCUAGUGACUUCAAAGUUGAGUUGGACCGAUGCGGAAAACCCAGCAUCAGCCUUUGGCCCCCAAGAACAGAAAGGACUCUUCAGAAAGGAGUCUUUCUGAGAAGAGACUGAGAAUUAAAAAAAAAUAUAAACAUGUAAAUAAAAGAGCAGCCGGUUUAGAUGUCUCUAAAAGAGGCCGUAACAGUACAUCAGAUUUUUACUUGUCAGAGUAUCUCCUAAAUGUUAUGUAAAAACAAGAUGAGACAGAUGUUAAAUUGUAAGAGAAAAUGUAUAUUAAACAACAUUUCUUAGUCUUGUUGAAAUAAAGACUGCCAAUAUUUAAA